UGGCGGUUGGUGCGGCCUGAGGGGCUCCGGUGGGCUCGGGGCUCGGGCCGGGCCCGCGGCGGUGCCGGGAUGGUGCUGCCCUCGAAGGGGCCGGGGCAGCCCCCGGCGCGGCGGUGGCGGGCGCUGGCCGAGAGGAACCCGAGCGUGGCAGCCGUGGGCGCCUGGGUGGAGAGCGCGCCCGGGCAGCAGAGCCCGGCCUUUGCUUCAGCAUCCCGGGUGGAGGAGGAGCUGAAGGAGCAGCAGCUGAAGAAGGCAGCCAGCCUGAGGAGGUUCCAGGGCGAGGUGAGGCAGCGCGUGAACCGGCAGGCCAGGCUGCGCCGCAGGCUGGAGCUGCAGAAGGCCUACGAAGCAGUGGAGAGGGAGAACUGUGCUGCUGUGCAGUACUUGAGCCCCUGGAAGAACACGUGCCUGUUCCAGAGCCUCCCUGCUCCCAUCAUCUGUGCACCCAGUGGCUCUGGCCCAGCCCAGCCAGAAGAGGAGCACGGGGAGCCAUUCCAGCAGCAAGCUGCCGAGCUCAGCAGGGCUGUGCAGCAGGUGCGGCACAGGCUGGCCUCCCGCAGGAUCCUGUCCCACGUGUCCCACGGCGCCUGGAGGCAGGAGGAACCAGACCCUUGCCCAGCAGCUGCAGUGCCCAUGGAGGAGAGUGAGGAGCUGCUGCUGGCAGGACACCACGAUCUGCCUGCUGAGCUGCUGGAGCAGGGCACAGCUGCACAUGGCACUGGGCAGGAUGAUGGCUUCUACCUCAAAAUUGACUUUAAAAAAGUCUGUGGUGGGACAGUGAAGGACUCGAGCCCUCCUGGGAAGCCACACAGUGAAUGCCAGCCUCCCCUCAAACUCUGGGCUGGUGUUGACCAAGAGGAAACCAGGAAGCAGCGGCAGAGCGAGUUCCUGCGGUGCCGGCGCCUGUGCAUGGCCCUGGAGCGGGAGCGCGUGCGGCAGCGCCAGCGGCAGCAGGACAGGCAGCAGAGAGUGUCCCAGAUUAAGAGGCAGAAGGAGAAUCAGCGGCGGGCAGAGGAGCAGAGGAUGAGAGACGUGGCUGAGCAGAGAGAGCCCUCCCCAGGAGAGGGAACCUGGGCAGCCCUGGCCCAGCUCCAGCUGCAGGAGAGGAGAGUGAGGGACAGACAGCAGCGGGAUAAGGAGCACGUGAGGUAUGUUGAAGCUCUGAGAGCCCAGAUGAAGGAGAAAGUCAAACUCUGUAACAUUGACUUGCCCCCACUGUGUUCCUGUGGGUCUGAUUUCUGGGAUUCCCACCCGGAUACCUGUGCCAAUAACUGCGUCUUCUACAAAAAUCACAAAGCCUACAGCCAGGUGCUGCACUCGGUGAUCUCCUCCUGUGCCCCUGCAGCCACACGCUCUCUGCAGGACCUGGCUGCUCUCUGUGCUCGCUCGGGGAAGCGUCUGUGACCGAGGAGCUCCAUGGGGCUGUGCCUGGCCUGCCUGCCCUCCACGCCAGCUGCCAGGACGGUGUCACCUUUGCUCUCCCAGGCUGUGCUGUGCCUCUCCCACUGUGCCCCAGGGGUGCAGCUGGCCGGGGCGAUGGUCGAGGUGAAGGAAGCAAUUGCUCUGUGCGGUUGGUUUAUGGCAGGCACUUGCAUUCCAGUAGCUGACUAUUGACUACAUAUCCUUAUUGACUAAUCAUUAUUGUGGAAU